AUGGCGUUCCUCGUCGCGCUGGUGCUACUAGCGCUGUCUGUGUGCACCAAAGCCUCCACGUUCCCCUCGCACGCCAAACACGGUCGUCUGUGGCAGCUCGUGCAAGCAGAAAGUCAACUGUUGUUUAAAACAGAGGCACAACAACUUUGGUUCAACCAAACGGUAGACCACUUCGCUUCGGACAGCAACGCCACGUUCCAACAGCGUUAUUACGAGGUCAAUAAGUUCUGGAGCAAACCUGAUGGCCCUGUAAUUCUCUAUAUCGGAGGAGAAGGCGCAAUGGAGAAAGCCCCGGCCGGGUUUGUGCACGUCAUCGCUCAGAAGUUCGACGCCAAGAUUCUCGCUCUAGAACACCGAUUCUACGGCAGAAGUAUCCCGAAUGGAGAUCUCUCGACCGAGAAUUAUCGCUAUUUGACGGUGCAGCAGGCUCUGGCAGAUCUCAAGCACUUCAAGGAGAGUUAUCAAAGCCAGCUUGGAGCAAAGGACGCCAAUCAGUGGAUUGCAAUCGGAGGGUCGUACCCUGGAGCUCUAUCGGCGUGGUUCCGCAUCGCUUACCCAGACGCGACAGUCGCGUCUUUGUCAUCGUCGGGAGUGGUGCAACCAGUAUACAAGUUCCACCAGUUCGAUGAACAAGUGGCACUGGCAGCAGGUCCGUCGUGUGCAGACGUCCUGCGACUCACCACUGAAGUCUUUGAGAAAGAGGUAGCCAGUGCUAAUGCCACCGCUGUGAAGAAACUAUUCGGUGCCCAGGAUCUGGCAGACGCAGACUUCUUCUACAUGAUCGCAGAUGCUGCUGCGAUGGCUGUCCAGUAUGGUCACAAAGACAUCGUGUGCAACAGUAUGGUCGGCGCUUUCGAGCGCAACAACUCGCUCGUCGACUCCUUCGCCAGCUUCACGAUAGAUAUGUAUGGAUCUUCCUUUGGCAGUGAAUGUUUCUACGAUACAAAGUGUCUAGCUGAUGACCGUUCUCGAUGGGGGGACGGACGCUCGUGGCGUUGGCAGAAAUGCUCCCAACUCGCAUACUUCCAAGUUGCUCCUAAAGAGAAAAGCCUGCGCUCAGCAAUGUUGGAUCUCGAUUACCACUUAAAACAAUGCCAAACAGUAUUCGGUGACGUCGUGCACCCAUCCGAGGGUGUAGACGAGAUCACAAAGCUGUAUGGAGGAGACCACCCGAAUGGCCACAAGAUUUUCUUCUCGAACGGUGGAGAUGAUCCGUGGCAACGCGCGUCGGUGCUUGAUAAACUAUCGGAUGAUCAGAUCGCCAAUCUGGCCAAGUGCCAGUUAUGUGGCCACUGUGGUGACUUGAGCGCCAACCCAAAUGUACCGGAACCACUGAAGAAACAACGCGAGCAAAUCCUCGAGUAUCUGACCAAGUGGCUUGGUGAGUCCGAAGUUGAAGUCGUCGAGAACACGGAGAUGGCAGGACUGCAACUUGCGGGACUGCAUCGAUCAUCCCCAUUGGUCCUUAUCCCUAUUGUCGUCGCGUUCCUUGCACUGGUGGGAGUCUUGCAUGCUGACGUUGUCCGUGACGCCCCAGGAGGGAUGGAGAUGCUUCGAUACAGACUCGCACACACGCACGAAUUCUAA